AUGUCUGGCGAUGGCAGCAACAGCAAUGUCUAUGACCAGACUCGCGUGCCAGGCCUUUACGCUGCCACAAUUACAUUGGCAGUUCUGCAGACCAUUGCUGUCGUAGCACGGUUCGCUGCCAGGAGGAUCUCGGCCGCGACCUUCUGGUGGGAUGACUAUACCAUUGUCCUUGCGCUGAUUCUGGACUUCGGGCUCUGCGUCUGUUACUGGGUCCCAAUCCGGAUUUGCAACUUUGGCCGUCAUACUCAGGCAUAUGGCGGUCCUGUUACCGAGGGCGACCUUAUCAUCUUUUUCAAAUCUCAAUUAGCCCUCCAAAUCCUAUACUUCGCCACUGCCUGCGCCAUCAAGACAUCUCUCAUCCUCCUAUACUACCGGCUUUUCGGUGUGGUUCGAUGGUUUCGGUCGAUAUUGGCGGUCAUGUGGCUGAUAGUGCUUGCCUACUUUGUUGCAGACACUCUUGUCGCAGUAUUUGAGUGCAGUCCGAUCGCAUACUAUUGGGAUAAAGCGAUAAAAGGAGGCAGUUGCAUUGACCAAGACGCUUUCUACCGAUGGAAUGGAGUUGCGAACCUCCUUAUCGACUUCUCGAUUCUGGUAUUGCCGAUGAUGAUGGUCUGGCGGUUGAACUUGGAUACCAGGUCGAAAAUUACUCUCUCUGGCGUAUUCCUGCUCGGUACACUCGCUUGUGUUGCUUCCAUUGUUCGCGUCUGGGCCUUCAACCUGGCAAACUUCGACGAUUUCGAGUAUACCAUUACGACCGCCGUAAUCUGGACCGUAGUGGAGCAAUCCGUUGGCAUAAUCUGCGCCUGCUUGCCUACGCUCCGGCCUCUUCUCUCCCGCUUUGGCCUUUUCACGAUUAAAUCCACCCACGUUUUCAACUCCAAAAACACAAAUUCGCGCUCCGGUGCCGCCAUUGGGCUUAGUCAUUUAAGUUCGAGACCAGGAUUCAGUCCAUCAACGGACGUUAGCAACGCUGCGGGUUUUGCGAGGUUAGACGAGGAGAAUGGAACGCUAGGGCAUGGCAGUCUAACGACACAUGCGGUGAGAAUGCCCAGUGGCGAUGUGCCGCAGGUAUCAAGGGGGAUCCUGAAGGGGCAGACUGUUGAGCAGCAUUAUGAUGAGGCCGAUAAUUUUUGA